AUGCGCAAGGUCUAUCGAAAACUGGACCUUCGCAUCAUUCCUCCCUUCUGGCUCCUCUACUUCCUCUGCUCGGCGGUGCGCUCAAACGUCGGCCUCGCGCAGACGAUGAACACAUCCUCCGGACAUGAUCUAGAAUCGUACCUGGGGAUCUCUGCGCACCAGGUUUCGACGGGUCUGGCGCUUUUUUAUGUGACUUAUGUUGUGCUUGAGGUGCCUUCCAAUCUGGCUAUGAGUAAACUCUCGCCAUCCGUCUGGCUGGCGAGGAUUGUGAUUAGUGUGGGUGUGAUUGGGACGGCGAUGGUGGCGAUGAAAAAUGCGGCUGGGUAUUAUGUGUUGAGGCUGUUGCUCGGUGCGGUGGAGGCGGGGAUGUGGCCUGGGAUGUCGUUGUUUUUGACGCUGUUCUAUCCGCCCAGACGGAUGGCGAAGAGGGUCGGGUGGUAUUUUACUGCUUCGCAGGUCUCGGCGGCUGUGGUUGGGCUUGUGAGUGCGGGUUUUCAGGAGAUGGAUGGGAUUGAUGGGCUGGUGGGCUUUCAGUGGAUGUUCCUGAUUUGGGGGUUGGUGACGCUGGUUCUGGGCUUUGUGUUGAUCUGGUGGUUGCCAGAUCGACCUCUCGCUCCAGGAGAGGAGAGGAGGAUUGGCUGGUGGAAUCGAUUCCUUCCAGCGCCGAAGCCUGCAUUGAACGGCGAGGAUGCCAUCCUGCACUAUCGUGACCUGAAGUCAGCAUACCACAACACGAACUGGACCAUUCGCGACCUUGGCAGAGUCCUUCUGGACUGGAGAUUCUGGCCACUCCUGAUCAUGUACUUUGGCGUGGUGGGCGUCGGCAACGGUGUUCAAAGCUACGGGACCGUCAUUCUCAAAGCCAUCAACCCAUCGUUCAGCGGUGUCGAGCUGAGUCUACUCUACGCACCUAUCUGGAUCUGUGAUUUGAUCGGAAUUGUCACUGUCACGCCCAUCAGUGACUACUUCCACAAACAACGAGCUCUCUUCUUCAGCAUCCCGACCCUCCUCCAAAUCACCGGCCUGCUCAUUUCGACAUACGCAGGAGAUUCGAGCUCAGCAAAGUGGGGACGUUACGUCGGACUUCUGAUCGUGGGCUUUGGACUAGGCCCUACCGUUCCCAUCACGAUGACCUGGACCGCCGAAAUUUUCCAGCCUCGUCACGGAGAGAUCGGUGUCGCAGCAGCGUCUGCGCUUGUCUCUGGUUUGGGGAACCUGGGAAGUGUGGUAACGAACUACGCCCUCUUCUCUGGUUGGCCAGAGGAUGCGAAGAGGCAUCCAGUGUAUGUCGGCAGCAACUGGGUCAUGAUCGGCAUUCUGUUUGCCAGUAUUUCCGCGAGCAUUGCCAUGACUCUGUUGCUGAAAGUCACGGGGAAUCGAGCGAAUGGGCAAUGA